AUGUCUCUCGUCAAACUUCCCUUCCUCCUUUUGAAUGUAAGGAGUGUCUAUGCCACACUCACACCGCCUACUCCCCAAGUUCCUGCAAAUGAACGAGCGAAGACUACCAUAUCCGAGCGGGUCUUCUCCACCGUGUGCAGAGCUUGCACCCUGGUUCUGAAGUCCCUCCUGUGCACAGGCAGCAUUCUCGAGGUGGUGGUGAUACUUGCGGCUCAAUGGCCUUCGUUACAGCUGUCGGAGGUCAUCCUGAGUUUACUCGUCAAUGGCCCCAGGAGUCUUGUAGGCCGGAUCGCGCUCUCCCGGGCGUUUCUCGUCGGGUGCGGCCUAGUGAACAUAGGUGCAUUCAUUCGCAUUCGAUGUUACCGCGCUCUAGGCCGUCACUUCACGUACGAGAUUGCGAUCAAGGACGACCACCAGCUCGUCACGAGUGGCCCAUAUUCAUAUGUUCGACAUCCGAGCUAUACGAGCGGCCUUAUAUGCUGGGCGGGGAUGGUCUUGGCCUGCGUUGGUCAUGGUUCAUGA